AUGUUCAUGCUCCGCAAUGUGAGCAAGUUUGUCUUUGGUGACACUACGAAGGAAUCCAUAAUCGAGAUACCCCAAGGCCAACUGUAUAUCGUCCGACCACAGUCACCAAAAGGUUACUCAGAGCUUAUAUUCCGCGACGCUGCAGCUAGCAUCCGACGCACAGGCCAGAAGUUCCAGUAUCAGUUAGUGAUCCAGCGAGCUUACGAGGAAGGAGAGGAGGAACUCGUAGGUGACGAGGACGAAGAAGAUCCUGAGGGUCUGGGUGGAGAUAAAGACGAGAAAACGUUCUUGCUAGACGAGGCGCUUCGUUUCCGAUCCGAAGUACGCGAGGGAGGUGAAAAGGUUUUGGCUUGGCGCGACUUGAGUGGUGACCCGGGAGACCUUUUCGAAUUCGUUUGCGACAGCUCAAUCACUCCAGAUAGGAUUUCUACUUUUUGUCUUGCCGCUGUUGAGUGCCAGUACGAGCGGAAAUACCGGAAGAGCUCGCAGAAGACGUCAGAUCUUCAGGAGUUCUACUUCGACGACGAAAGCCCCAUUCCCAAGGCUAGCCCGGUCGCGAGUCCCACCCUAUCUCGAUCCCCGACGAUGAGGCAAUCGACCACGGCUAUGGCACGGGAAGUACCUGUGCCAAAUGAGAAACCAUCCGAAACUACGCAAGCCCCUCCUUCCGCUGCACAUCCAGAGGCCACUGAGAUCCUUGCGAAAGAAAAUGCGGAGCUCCAUCUCUUUGAUUUCAAUAGCGGAACAUUCGUUCUGCAAGAUCCCUCUGUCGUCGCAACUGUAUCAGAAAUUGGGAAAUGGCAGUACUGGCUGCAGGUAAGUGGGAAGGACCGGGAUUGGUUGGGGCAGGCAGUACUGGCGGAUAUAAAUCCCGUAUUCAAUUUCGAAUAUCUCUCAUUUAUAUUCAAUCAUUACACGGAAGAUGGCUCGGCGUAUUCGUGGCUUCUACGUUUCAAAGAUCAGGCGGUCGAGGAGAGAUUCCAAGAAGGUCUUAUGCAAGCAUUAUGGGAGCAGCUAAAUGAAGUUAAAUGGGCGAAAUCGGAAGAAAACGAUAGGGAGUAUGUGCUAGAGGCAUUUAACGAUCUCACAAUGGAAGAUGUACCCGAGGAGGAAGAGGAAGAGGUUGCUGAAGAAGAGGACGCAGGCCAACGCAGCGAACAUUACGAUACGGACGAGGAGGACGACGACGUCGUCACCCGAGAUGAAGACGGAAAUGUCAACUCCCAGCUCGCUGUUGGGUAUAAACACGAUCGAUCCUAUGUUGUUCGUGGAUCAAAAAUAGGCGUUUUCAAGCAUACGCCAAACAAUAAUUUAGAGUUUUCUACAAACAUCUCCAAGGUCGAAACACCAGGAGGAAAACUCUUCAGUCCUAAGAAAGUCAUGCUUCAUUGUGAAGAUUCAAACAUGAUUCUUCAAAAUGAGCAGGAUCCUCACUCUUUGUAUAGAAUGGAUCUUGAGUAUGGAAAAGUUGUUGAUGAAUGGAAAGUUCACGACCAUAUUCCCGUAACUUCGUUUGCCCCUGAAAGCAAAUUUGCCCAAAUGACCUCAAACCAACAAUUCGUUGGUAUUUCCCGUAACGCACUAUUCCGCAUUGAUCCCCGCCUCUCAGGAAACAAGCUGGUGCAAGCGGACCUCAAAGAAUACGUCAAAAAUAACGACUUCUCUGCCGCAGCGACCACAGAACAGGGUUAUGUCGCAGUUGCCUCCAACAAAGGUGACAUCCACGCUCUUCAAAGGGACGGUAAAAAUGAGGGCAAACUUGGCUUUGAGAAACCGUUCGCGAAGGACUCGAAACCCCAGCCACGCCGACUAGGCUUGCAGCCGAACAUGUCGCCCAGUUCCAGCAUGAGACUGGCAGUCGACCUGUCCGACAUAGCUCUGGGCGGAGAAGUCGCGCGCGUCUGA